AAUACGGCGUAUAGAAUUCCAUUGUUGAUUGUUGGUGCGGACAAAAAGAAAUUGUGUAAAGAGCGGGCGUCGACGAAGAGUCCGAGCUCCGACGAUUCCCUAAGCAAAACAUCAAUUCGUGGUUCAUCAACGGAAAUAGAAACAGCCAAAAAAAAUACAACAAAAAAAAAAUGAUGAAAAAAACCGAAAGCGAGUGAUAAAAAGCGGUCUGUGUUUUAGUGUUGGCCUUUCGGCAUAACGUGAUAAUAAAGAAGCGGCAAUCAUUUUUUAAAUUGCGCCAACUUAUGCAAAUGUAAAAGUCGCUUAAGAGCCAAUUUGCAAAAAUAUUUCGCGAGCCAAGAAAAAAUGCCGGCUAAAUGUCUAUAGAUUAACCGCACACUACGCGACGUCUCGGCUUCCCAGAAAACAAAUUCACAUUAUGUGCGACGUUGUUUUGUGAUCAACGCAAAAAUAAAAACAAAAGCGAAAGCGAAAAAGAAAUACAAAUUUUUGAGAAUACGCGUAAUAAAAAUAAAUGGUGAAUGGAAAAAACGGACUCUCACGCUUCUUUUGUCAUUUCAACAAAUAGAAAUGUCAACAAAAAUAUUAAUAGGCUGCCUACUACUAUCAAAUGUCAACAAAAAUAACAUUUUAAACUGCCACCAAUACAAAAUGUCCAACUAAAUGCAACAAACUCAUGCACUCACCAUGCAACAACAACAAAUGAGUGAACAAAUCAAAUAUAAAUAAAAUAAAUUGACACACAAAUAUAAUACAAACAUCAGAGAAUAGCAAAAACAAUAACGACAGCAGCUGCAACAUGGAUUUCAGCUGGAAGUUCGUCUCUUGCCUCGUUUUAUGGCUAUGUUGCAGUGGCAACAUCAGUUGCGUCAGCGCUCAGCCAUCAUUAACCGAGAAAAUACCGUUAGGUGCCAUCUUCGAACAGGGCACAGAUGAGGUGCAAUCAGCGUUCAAGUAUGCAAUGCUCAAUCAUAAUUUGAACGUCUCCUCGCGACGCUUUGAGCUGCAGGCCUACGUGGAUGUCAUCAACACAGCGGACGCCUUCAAAUUGUCACGCUUAAUUUGUAAUCAAUUCUCGCGUGGGGUUUACUCGAUGCUCGGCGCCGUCUCGCCCGACUCCUUCGAUACGCUACACUCCUACUCGAAUACGUUUCAGAUGCCCUUUGUGACGCCCUGGUUUCCGGAGAAGGUGCUUACGCCAUCGUCUGGUUUCCUCGACUUUGCGCUCAGCAUGCGCCCGGAUUACCAUCAGGCCAUCAUUGAUACAAUACAAUUUUAUGGCUGGCGCAAAAUAAUUUAUCUCUACGAUUCCCACGAUGGAUUGCUGCGUUUGCAGCAAAUCUACCAGGGACUGAAGCCGGGCAACGAGUCGUUUCAAGUGGAGCUGGUUAAGCGCAUCUCGAAUGUCAGCAUGGCCAUCGAGUUCCUGCACACGUUGGAGCAAAUUGGACGAUUCACCAAGAAGCACAUCGUCCUCGACUGUCCCACGGAAAUGGCCAAGCAAAUACUGAUACAACAUGUGCGGGAUUUACGUUUGGGCCGACGCACCUAUCACUAUCUGCUGAGUGGUCUGGUCAUGGACGAUCGCUGGGAAAGCGAGAUAAUCGAAUUUGGUGCCAUUAACAUUACGGGAUUUCGCAUUGUGGAUACGAAUAGGCGACUGGUGCGCGAGUUCUAUGAUAGCUGGAAACGUUUGGAUCCACAGAUGAGUGUUGGCGCUGGCCGUGAAUCGAUUUCGGCUCAGGCAGCACUCAUGUAUGAUGCGGUCUUCGUCCUGGUCGAGGCAUUUAACAAAAUACUGCGCAAGAAGCCGGAUCAAUUCAGGAACAAUGUACAGCGACGCAGUCAGACUUUGAUGGCAGCUGCCUCAACAUCUGGCGAUGGCUCCAACAGCAACGGCAGCAGCAACAACGAUGCCGGCUUCGGCUCCAACUCUGGGUCGAGUUCCAGCGGUGGCGGAGGCGGUGGCUUCAACAUCGCACCGCGUGCAUUGGACUGUAACACGGCGAAGGGAUGGGUGAAUGCCUGGGAGCAUGGCGAUAAAAUAUCACGUUAUUUGAGAAAGGUGGAAAUCGAGGGCCUCACCGGGGAUAUCAAAUUCAACGAUGAUGGCAGACGAGUCAAUUACACGUUGCACGUUGUCGAGAUGACCGUAAACAGCGCCAUGGUCAAAGUGGCUGAAUGGAAUGAUGUCACCGGACUGCAGCCGCUCAAUGCGAAAUUUGUGCGCUUGCGACCGCAUGUGGAGUUCGAGAAGAAUCGCACGUACAUUGUGACGACGGUGCUCGAGGAGCCGUACAUCAAGGUAAAGAAGCCGGAAUUCGGAGAGCAGUUGCGUGGCAACGACCGCUUCGAGGGCUAUUGCAAGGAUCUGGCCGAUUUACUGUCCAAGCAACUGGGACUCGAUUAUGAACUGCGCCUGGUUAAGGAUGGCAGUUACGGUUCGGAGAAUCCCGCGGUGCAAGGUGGAUGGGAUGGCAUGGUCGGCGAGCUGGUGCGAAAGGAAGCGGAUAUUGCCAUUGCCCCCAUGACGAUUACCGCUGAACGCGAACGUGUCAUCGACUUCAGCAAGCCGUUCAUGUCGCUGGGCAUCUCCAUUAUGAUUAAGAAGCCAGUGAAGCAGACGCCCGGCGUGUUCAGCUUCAUGAAUCCUUUAUCACAGGAAAUUUGGGUGAGCGUCAUCUUCAGCUACAUCGGCGUCAGCAUUGUGCUUUUCUUUGUGUCCCGCUUCUCCCCACAUGAAUGGCGUCUCGUACAACAGCCGUUACAACAAUCACAGCUGCCAGAUCCACAUGCACAUCACGAACAGCUUGCCAAUCAGCAGCCACCCGGCAUCAUUGGUGGCGCCACCGUUCCCCCGCCGCCCGGUCCACCAACUCCGGGGCCACAGACAGCUGUCUGUGCGGCAGCUCUGCAGGCAUCGCACUCAGCAGGCAGCCUGUCAUCGAGUGCCACAGCCAACUCGGCGGCCGUCAAUGAGUUCAGCAUCUUGAACUCGUUCUGGUAUUCAUUGGCCGCCUUUAUGCAGCAGGGUUGCGAUCUCUCGCCACGAUCGGUGUCGGGUCGCAUUGCGGCUGCCUCGUGGUUCUUCUUCACGCUCAUACUCAUCUCAUCGUACACGGCCAACUUGGCCGCCUUCCUCACCGUCGAGCGCAUGGUGACACCCAUCAAUUCAGCAGAGGAUUUGGCUAUGCAAACCGAGGUGCAAUAUGGCACCUUGCUGCACGGGUCCACCUGGGACUUCUUUAGGCGUUCACCCAUUGGGUUGCACAACAAAAUGUGGGAGUACAUGAACUCGCACAAGAGCGUCUUUGUGCCCACCUACGACGAGGGCAUUCGACGUGUGCGCACAUCGAAGGGCAAGUAUGCCCUGCUGGUCGAGUCGCCCAAAAAUGAAUACGUGAAUGCCAGGGAGCCGUGCGAUACAAUGAAAGUGGGUCCCAACAUGGACACAAAAGGAUUUGGCAUUGCCACGCCAUUGGGUUCAGCGCUCAAAGAUCCCAUCAAUAUGGCUGUGCUGACACUGACCGAGAACGGGGACUUGAUCAAAUUGCGCGAGAAAUGGUGGUACGACAAGACCGAGUGCAGUCUGAACAAGGAUAAUCAGGAAGCGUCACAUAAUGAGCUGACGCUAAGCAAUGUGGCCGGCAUAUUCUAUAUACUGAUCGGCGGUCUCAUGGUCUCCGUGUUUGUGGCAAUUAUUGAGUUUUGCUUCCGCAGCAAGGCAAACAGUUCCGGCUCAUCGCUUGGGGGCGGCGGCAGUGCGAGCAAGAGCAACGGCUCCAUGAUGCUAGGACCGGCAAACAUUGGACCGGGCGGAGUGGCGUCGACACAUCAAAGGAACGCGAUGACUGACAGCAUGCAUGCCAAGGCCAAAUUGACCAUUCAAGCGAGUCGCGAUUACGAUAACGGACGUGUGGGGUAUCUCAAUUGCACAUCCCUACAGUAUUAUCCCCCGGCGCCCUCCGAUGCCAACGAAGCUCUGCACAUGAAUGCCCAUGGUCAGGUUUGACACGAACACGUGCAGGAGUCGCGUCUCUGACGCACACCCUGCGCGC